UUUGUGAACUGUACAUGUUCGUAUGGUUCACGGAUAAGUUUUUUGGAUGCGAAGAUCGAAUGCUCGUGUGGCGCCAGCACCAGAAGCAGUCGAUCGUCCGGAUAUCAACAAUAAAGUGAAGAAGGAAAUGGAUAACUCCAUAAAGCUUAAGUUUCGCCCUAAUCAACCUCUGCGAUCCACUAAUCUCUUCUCCAGAAACCAAAAACAAUCUCAUCUUGCGAAAUCGAGUAUUUUUGCGAUCGGAUUCCUCACUUUGGUUUUUGUGUCGUGUGGUUAUUUCUAUCUUAAUUCGCAGAAUCCGUCGGAGAAACGAUACCGAGUUGUGAUUGAUGGAGGGAGCACAGGGAGUCGGAUUCAUGUGUUUGAGUAUGUGAUUAAGGAUGGAGCUCCUAUUUUCGAUUUGAGUGCUAAGAAGGGGUUGGGUUCAAUGCGGGUUAGCCCUGGGUUAUCGGCGUUUGCGGAGGAUCCCAAGGGAGCGGGUGAAUCUAUGUUGAAACUUUUGGAGUUCGCAAGGAAGAGGAUUCCGGGGGAGAACUUGGGUGAAACAGAGAUCAGAUUGAUGACAACGGCAGGGUUAAGGAUGUUGGAAUUGAGCGUACAGGAGCGGAUUCUAGAGUCUUGCAGGACGGUUUUCAGAACUUCUGGGUUUGCCUUUCGCAAUGAUUGGGCUUCAGUUAUUUCAGGGUCUGAUGAAGGAGUUUAUGCAUGGGUUGUGGCUAAUUAUGCUCUUGGAACUCUUGGAGGUGAUCCUCAAGAAACAACAGGGAUAAUCGAACUUGGUGGUGCUUCUGCUCAGGUAACCUUUUUCUCAAACGAGCCAAUACCCCCUGAAUUUUCAAGAACAAUUAAUUUUGGAAAUGUCAGUUAUAGUCUUUACAGCCACAGCUUGCUUGAAUUUGGUCAGAAUGUUGCAUUUGACUUGGUUCGUGGGUCAAACUUUGCCAAAAGUAAAAAUCUGGUGGAUCCAUGCUCCCCAAAAGGAUACAAAAACAAUGUGAUAAUAGGAAAUAAUAUGACUCCAACUUCUUUACUCCAAACAAAUCACCAAUCACCAGUUCUACAUUCAACUGGCAACUUCACUGAAUGCAGAUCUGCCUCCUAUAAAUUGUUGCAGAAAGGCAAAGAAGACUGCGCCUUUGACCAAUGCUCCAUUGGGUCAACAUAUAUACCCAAGCUCCAGGGGAAAUUUUUAGCCACUGAGAAUUUCUUCCAUACAUCUAAGUUUUUUGGGUUGUCACCUAAAAAGUUUCUUUCGGAGCUGAUGGUGGCUGGAAAAGAGUUUUGUGAAGAUGAUUGGUCAAAUUUAAAGUCAAAAUAUCCAGGAAUUAAUGAUGAGGAUUUACAUCGAUAUUGCUUUUCUUCUGCAUAUAUUGUUGCUUUUCUUCAUGAUAGCCUUGGGAUUGCUUUGGAUGACAAAAGGAUUGGAUAUGGUAGUGAGGUAAAUGAUAUUCCACUUGAUUGGGCAUUGGGAGCCUUCAUUUUUCAAAUCAUGAAGGAUUUAGACCUCGGGAAAUUACACCCAACAACAAAGUCAAAAUCUAUAACACUCGGUGGUGUUGACUUUACGACAUUAGGUGGAUUAAUAUUUGUGAUAUUUUUAAUAUUUGGUGCGUAUUUUGUAUCGAAAUGGAGGAAGCCCCACUUAAAGACAAUAUACGAUCUAGAAAAAGGAAAGUAUAUAGUGACACGAGUAAUAGGUAGACACUCAUAGUUGUUGUUGUUCCUUUUUCUUCUUCCUUUUAGGCUCCUUGAUUUUUCAUUAGUGGCCUCAAUGUGAUAUAUAUAUAAUACUUAUGAUGAUAAAUUGACAAUAUGAUUUGAAAUGGUAUCGAGGAGAGGAGACGCCCGUGUUUUGCAUAUGGGAUGAUGGUAGGAGUGAUUUUUCGGGGGUGGGAAACCGAUGUAAUUUAGCAUUUUCUUGUUGUCGAUUAUUCUUUUUUGCUAGAUUUGUAAAAGAGGGUGCUUAAUUUUGUGUUCUAUUGGCAUCGAUAGAUAUAUUCAUAUCAUAUUGGUGUUGUGUUAUUGUAAAUGUUUGUGGAAUGACUGAAAAUCAUUUUUCUUUUCAUCUAUAUACAUUGUCUUCUUCACCA